CCUCGAGUACCCCGGGCCGCUGGCGCUUGCCGUUGCCCGCCCCUGUCGGCCCCUCCCAGGAGUGUGUAGAGCGCGUGUGCAGAGGCGUGCGGAGCCAGCGCGGCGAGGACCAUGUUGCUUCCGAACAUCCUGCUCACCGGUACACCAGGGGUUGGAAAAACCACAUUAGGCAAAGAACUCGCAUCAAGAUCAGGACUGAAAUACGUUAAUGUGGGUGAUUUAGCUCGAGAAGGGCAGUUAUAUGAUGGCUAUGAUGAAGAGUAUGACUGUCCCAUUUUAGAUGAAGAUAGAGUAGUUGAUGAACUAGAAAGCCAAAUGAGUGAAGGUGGAGUUAUUGUUGAUUACCAUGGUUGUGAUUUCUUCCCUGAACGCUGGUUUCAUAUAGUAUUUGUCCUGAAAACAGAUAACAGUAUUUUGUACAAAAGACUUGAAAAUAGGGGUUAUAAUGAGAAGAAACUAAAAGAUAAUGUUCAGUGUGAAAUUUUUCAAGUUCUUCAUGAAGAAGCCUUAGCAUCCUACAAGGAAGAAAUAGUGCAUCAGCUGCCGAGCAAUAAACCAGAAGAUCUAGAGGAUAAUAUCAAUCAGAUACUGAAAUGGAUUGAGCAGUGGGUCAAAGAUCACAGUUCUUAACAAGAAUGGCCACUGCACAAUCACUCUUGACAUCUCUCUGCUGAUGUCACAUGAAUUAUUCAGUUAUCAAUAAAACUUUCUCAUUGAAAUUGUGCUGUUAGACUAGCAGAUGGAUAGUAUAAAGGUUUAUGUUUGGGUUUUUUUCUCUAUGAGAAAGCUAAACUCAAAUAUAUUGAAUAAUACUAUUAAGGAUUGAGAGUUAAAACUGUAAAAGUUUAUUAAAGAAGAAAAUGAAGAUGAUCUCUUAAAAUAAAACACCGGUUAAAGAUAAA